AUGGCCAACUCAAGGUUUGAAUAUGUCAAGCAAUUCGAGCAGCCGGACAAUCUGCUGCCCAAUACCUGGGUCAUAGUCAGAAUAGACGGCAGGGGUUUCACCAAAUUGUGCGCCAAGUAUAAUUUUGAGAAACCCAAUGACCGUAGAGCUCUCGACCUCAUGAACGCCGCGGCCAAGGCGGUUAUGACGGAGCUGCCCGACAUCACCAUCGCCUAUGGAGUCAGUGAUGAGUAUAGUUUUGUUUUUCACAAGACUUGUGCCCUCUUUGAGAGAAGGUCAAGCAAGAUAGUGUCGACGAUAGUGUCGACGUUUACGGCCUACUACGUCCACCUGUGGCCGACCUACUUCCCGGACACGCCGCUGUCGCCGCCGCUCCCCAGCUUUGACGGACGGGUAGUUUGCUACCCCAGCGUGCAGAACUUGCGCGACUAUUUGAGUUGGCGCCAGGUAGACUGCCACAUCAACAAUCUUUACAACACCACCUUCUGGUCGCUUGUUAAGCUAGGUGGUAUAGGCGCAAGCGAGGCGGAGAAGUUUCUAUCCGGGACUCUCGCGGCGGACAAAAACGAAAUCUUAUACUCCAAGUUCAAGAUUAACUACAACAACGAGCCGGAAAUCUUCAGGAAAGGGAGCGUGGUGUGCCGAGACUACGAGCUCGUCGAGCCGGGAAGUCACGAGGUCAUAGCUAAGGCGGCCGACGAGCUGGCGGAGCCGGUGGAACAAUCCAAGACGCAGGACCAGAAUGACAAGAAGCGGCGCGCGAAGGCGAGAAUCCUGGUCGACCAUGUCGAUAUUAUCAAGGACGACUUUUGGGAGCGGCGGCCGUGGCUGCUAUCCAACAAACCGGGCCAGAUCCCAAAGGAGACAUAG